AUCAUGCCCAAGGACAUCCAGUUAGCCCGCCGGAUCCGCGGGGAGCGGGCAUAAUUACGGCUUUUCUCUGAAAUUUCAACCAAAGGCUCUUUUCAGAGCCACCCACGUUUUCAGUUGCUGUUGGUUUGCUUCUCUGGAAACCAUGUCUGGACGCGGCAAAGGCGGCAAGGGUCUGGGUAAGGGAGGCGCUAAGCGCCACCGCAAGGUUCUGCGCGACAACAUCCAGGGCAUCACCAAACCCGCCAUCCGCCGUCUGGCCCGGCGUGGCGGUGUGAAGCGCAUCUCCGGCCUCAUCUACGAAGAGACCCGCGGGGUGCUGAAAGUGUUCCUGGAGAACGUGAUCCGGGACGCCGUCACCUACACCGAGCACGCCAAGCGCAAGACUGUCACCGCCAUGGACGUGGUCUAUGCGCUUAAGCGCCAGGGACGUACUCUCUAUGGCUUCGGCGGUUAAUUAAGCUUUCCGAUUUCGCCAUCAAGAGUUAGCAUUUCUCAACCAAAGGCCCUUUUCAGGGCCAC